UUCCAUCAUUUUCUGAUCUAACGUACAGAAGUUUGUUUCUACUUUUUAAUCCUUCUCGGUAAGUGGCGUAAAAUGUUUAACAAGAGGCCUCGGAAAAACUUUCGUCAGAGAAAAAAGAGCUCCAGCGACGAUGAGGACAAAGAGACGAACAGCGGAGAAGGAGACGAGAACCAGAAAGCUCCGGCCGCGACAAACAAGCCUCCUAAAGCGACGCAGGGCCGCGGAAUCUCCUGCUGCUCCAAGCGGGAGGCGACGCCUCCGCAGCCGGACAGCAGCGACGGAGAAGACGGCGGAAAGACGCUGGAAGUGACAGAAGAAAGAAGAGAGGAGGACAUUGGGACAAGAAAAGCAACCAACUCUGUCCUUAGUUUUUCAGACGACAAAGAAGUUGAAAAAUCAUUUGAGCUGAAAAGGUCUUCUGAUAAAGCCGUGCUGUUUCAAGUCAGGAAGAAAGAGGCUCCAUCUGCUAAGACCAGCAAAGGUGGUGUUAGUAUCUCAUCAUCCAGUUCUCCAAGACAUAUUAUUGAAGCAUCACCACAUUCAUUACAUAAUGAUAAUGAUGAGUACAACAGUAACACUGAUGACAGCGAUGCAAGAUCUCAGUCAACUAAUUCAGACUCUGACUCCAGUCACUCUUCUACCAAACCAAGUACCGUGAUCCCUAAUGCUGACGAGAUUGAUGUAGCUAGGAAGCAACGUCGUGCUGCUCGAGUCCAGAAAGAGUUUAUUCCUCUGAGCAGAGAUGGCCGAAGCUCGGCUGGCAGCACCCCAAGUCACAAUAGCAGAGAUGAUGACGACGAUGAUGAUGAUGAUGAGGCAGAUGAUCAUAAAAAAAGAAUUGAGUUUGCCCCACGAAUGAAGAGCAUCAGGGAAAGGAUUGCAGAAAAACUAGGAGGAAGUGAUGGCAGUCUUUCAAGCACUGAUGCGGAGGAGCAGGAGCUUUGGGAGCAAACUCAAAUUGAAAAAGGAGUGAAGAGACGACCAGGAGAGCAGAGUCCAUCUGGCAGUGAGGCCAGCAGCUGCAGUAGGAGCAGCAGGCAAUCCAGAAGAGCACAUAAGAAGAGAUCAGCAGGACUCAUAGUCCCAAAGAUGACUCCUCCUGUUUCGGUCUCGAUGAUUAAGAGAAGAAUCACUGGAAAACUGGACUCGCUGAAGGAGGUGCACAGAGCAUGGCAGGCAGACCUGAGGAGAAUGGAGGGAGAUGUUGAGAAUGCUAAAUCCUCCUUGGAGAUACUGGAGGAAACUUCCUCGGAGAACCAGCUCAAGUUUUACAGAACCACGACCCUUUAUGUCCACAACCUGGUGGAGUGUCUGCGGGAGAAGAUUGUUGAAAUCAAUUCUUUGGAACUGGAGUUGCACACUCUGUUGUCUGACCACACGGAGGCGCUGUUGGCUCAAAGACGAAAGCGGAUUCAGGAGCAGGCUGAGAGCCUGCAGCAGCUCAGCUAUAACACAGAUGAGCAGAACGGCAGCUCAGCCAAGGAAACUGACGUACAGAGCAAAACCAGCCUUUAUACAGAGGAUGACUUUGAGUUACAUAAGGACACAAAAGCUUCUUCAGAAGAGGAGGAGCAGCUGCAGAAAAAAAUAGCUGACAUCCACUUGAGGUCCCAGACGGUGUUUUCUGAUGUCCAAGACGACUUCUGCAAUGUAAAAAAGAUUCUGUCUCGCUUUGAAGAAUGGAGACGAUCCUACUCGGAGUCCUACCACAACGCGUACAUCUCUCUGUGUUUGCCCAAGUUGCUGAACCCCAUCAUUAGACAUCAGCUGCUGGGAUGGAACCCUUUAAAAGAUGUCUGUGGAGAAUUUGAAAACCACCCAUGGUUCACAGCAGUGGAGACGUUUUGUCAUGGCCACGACCACGAUGAGCUCGAGCACACAGACAGGCAGACGCUGUCUAAUGUCAUAGAAAAAUGCCUCCUCCCCAAAAUAGCUGCUUUUGUUGAACUGGUGUGGGACCCCAUGUCCCACCAACAGUCGGCCUGCCUGUCUGGUGUUUGUCACAGACUGAAGGAGGAUUACUCCAUCUUUGUGGGAGAGCAGAGUAAACCAGUCAAGGGUUUCAUUGAGGCUGUGGGCUGCAGGAUGAGGAGCUGUGUAGAUGAAGAUGUUUUUAUCCCCCUGUAUCCUAAAAGGUUUUUAGAAGACAGAUCUUCCUCUCAGCGUCGCUUCAGAGACGAGCAGUUCUGGACAGCUGUAAAACUACUAGAAAACAUGGGAAAGUGGGAUCUGCUGCUUCCUGAACCAGUUUUGAAAGAACUAAUGUUGGACAAACUUCUGAAUCGAUACCUGAUGAUUACCUUGUGUAGCCAAACACUAUCCAGCAGGAGCGCUGCCUGUGCAUGCAAAAAGAUUGCAGAUUGUUUGCCUCUUACUUGGUUCAUAGACGAGAGCGUUUCUUUGCCCCAACUCCAGAAUUUCAGAAACUACAUAGUUCAAAAAGUGCACAGCAUCUGCAAACAGGAGCCUCCCCAAGAUCCAAACACCAGGUCUGCUGUGACUGAAGAGCUGAAGGUUUUGAGUAGAAUCAGAUGCUACGACUCGAUCAUGGCUGUAGCAGAGAAAUACCACUAUGAAGACAUUGUCUACUCUCACCAGCUGCUGAACCAGGAGACAGUUUGAACAAGAAGUGCUGAAGGACAAAUGGAUCAAAACACAGAGACAUGUCAGAGGGGGAAUAUGUGGGUGGGGGUGCUUUGUUUGGCCAAAACAAAAAAAGGGA